AUGGGGAAGAGAGACAAGCAAUUGGUAUCAGAGGAUGAUCUUCUGAGUACCCUUACAGACUUCACUAGCAAGGAAAAUUGGGACAAAUUCUUCACCAUCCGCCGCGCCGACGACUCCUUCGAGUGGUAUGCCGAGUGGCCUCAGCUCCGCCACACUCUCCUCUCUCUCCUCACCAACUCUUCCUCUUCUCUUCAGAUUCUUGUUCCCGGCUGCGGCAACUCCCGCCUCUCUGAGCAUCUUUAUGAUGCCGGAUUUCGUGACAUUACCAACAUUGACUUCUCUAAGGUCGUUAUUUCCGACAUGCUCCGCCGCAAUGUAAGGGAACGGCCUGACAUGCGCUGGCGAAUCAUGGACAUGACUUCGAUGCAGUUUACAGAUGACACCUUUGGUGCUGUUCUUGAUAAAGGUGGGUUGGAUGCUUUGAUGGAGCCUGAGCACGGCUCCGAGCUGGGGAAUCGGUAUUUAUCAGAGGUCAAGAGAGUUCUAAAAUCUGGGGGGAAGUUUGUAUGUCUCACAUUAGCAGAAUCUCAUGUUCUAGAUUUGUUUUUCCCCAAAUUCCGAUUCGGGUGGAAAGUGGCCAUUCAUGCGAUACCUCAAAAACCAUCUAAUAGGCCAGGCCUUCAAACUUUUAUGGUUGUUGCUGAGAAAGAGAAUUCGACUGUGUUGCACCAGAUAACGUUGUCAUUCAAUCAAUCUUCUAUUAAUUGCAGUGGAGAUCAGGCUAUUUGUCUUUAUGAAGCCAUUGACAAAGAGAAUCAAAUACGUAAGGAAUAUGCCGGUGGUUCUGAUGUAUUAUAUUCUCUUGAAGACCUGCAACUAGGUGCUGAAGGGGAUCUGACGACACUUAACCCAGGUCGUCGGUGUCAACUUACUUUGGGUGUACAAGGGGGAUCCCGGUUCUGUUACAAAGCCUUACUUCUUGAUGCAAAGCAGCAGAUGGGCCCUUUCUCAUAUAACUUUGGCGUUUUCAUUGUGCCUAAGACUCGGGCUCAUGAAUGGCUCUUCUCUUCAGAAGAAGGACAAUGGAUGGUAGUUGAAAGCUCAAAGGCAGCUCGUUUAAUAAUGGUCGUAUUAGACACGAGUCACACUAAUGCUAGCAUGGAUGACAUUCAGAAGGACUUGUCUCCUCUGGUUAAAUCAUUGGCGCCUGGAAAAGAAGAAAAUGGAGCCCAAAUUCCAAUAAUGAUGGCCAGUGACGGAAUCAAGCAACGGAAAACUGUGCAUCAGGUCACUUCUUCUUUGACUGGACCAAUAGUUAUUGAAGAUGUGGUUUAUGAAAAUGUUGAUGUUGAUGUGAGUGGCCUUUUGCCAUCCAAAGAUGUGAUAUUCCGUCGCCUUAUUUUCCAAAGGAGUGAAAGUUUGGUGCAAUCUGAAGCCCUGUUAGUCAAGAGUGAAUCUUCUCAGAAAAGUACUGGUGGAGCAGAUAGAAAGAGAAGUAGUUCGUCUGCCAAAGCCAAAAGAAAGGGAAGUCGAAAACGAAAUGAGGAACUAAGCGAUGGGCUGAAGGUCUAUCACGAUUAUUUGGCUAGUUCUUAUCAUACGGGGAUUGUUUCUGGGUUUAUGUUGGUUUCUUCUUAUUUGGAAACUGUGGCAUCAGCUGGGAAAUCAGUUAAAGCAGUUGUGAUUGGUCUUGGAGCAGGUUUACUUCCCAUGUUUCUCCAUGGAUGUAUGCCGUUUUUGCGCACUGAGGUGGUGGAGUUGGAUGCUGUAAUACUUGAUCUUGCAAAGGACUACUUCAGUUUUACUGAAGAUGCAUCAUUGAAGGUACAUAUUGCAGAUGGGAUCCAGUUUGUCAGACAUGCAGAUGAAGGGUUGUCUAUUGUCCCGAGAAAGGAGAAUGAUUCUGGUGAUAUAAAAUCGUUUUCUUCUGAUGAAAACUGUGCCCCAUUUCUUGCAAGUGGUGGAGGAAGUACCAAGGUUGACAUACUUGUUAUAGAUGUGGACUCUGCAGAUUCAAGUUCUGGAAUAACAUGCCCUGCUGCAGAUUUUAUAGAAGAAUCAUUUCUUCUGACUGUGAAAGAUGUCCUUUCUGAGGAAGGUCUUUUUGUUAUUAAUUUGGUCUCAAGGUCUUCAGCAGCUAAAGACAUGGUUAUUUCUCGAAUGAAAGCGGUCUUUAGCCACCUCUUUUGCCUUCAACUUGAGGAAGAUGUCAACUUAGUUCUUUUCGGUGUUUGUUCGGAGUUGUCUAUCAAGGAGGGUUGGUUCCCCGAGGCUGCUGGUCGGCUUGAGAAACUGUUGAAUUUCAAACACCCAGAAGUAAGAAAAAGCAUCAUGGACGCCUCGAAGAAAAUAAGAUGUUUAAAGUGAAAGGCAGUGAAGCAGGCAUGGUUGAGUGAGAGCAGGCAUUCAUGGUUCUUGAGGUUAAUAUAAAAAAUAGUUGGACCUCAUGUGAUCCUGUGAAAUGCCAUAAGGAUGGAUAUUUUUGAUGAUGUGCAGCCGAAUUGACGACGACGGAGUCGAGGAAGAAAUUAGAAAGCAUUAAUAUAUAGACCUUACCAGUCAUUUUUCUAGAUAUGUAUAAUCCUUAAUAAUAAUACAACAAAGGAGAGGAUACUCGUGGCUGCUACUUGAACGAUUACCGGUGGCGGGCUCAGAUGUUUGGGUUGCGAUCACCCUGGGUUUGAGCCAUGUUCCACACGUUUCAGUGUUAGAAAACAUAUGAUUCUCUAAAACUUUGAACCAAAUGUAAGGAUAUAAGUGAGGACAAGGGCGUAUAUUGUGAAAUAUGUUUAGCCAUUGAAAUCGAAUUUUGAACA